GUGCGAGGUACUUUUUUGGCGAUACGGGAAGGUGGAGGACCUGGGCGGAGGAAAUCGCGUGCACGUCAGUGGUUUUUGGCCGAGAUGGCGGCGCGUCCUAUUUAUGAGAAAGAACGAGCUUGGGAAGGGUGGUCCCCGGACAGCCGGUUAUCUGGCUUUAUCGGAGGAAGGCGCGCACUCGCGACUGGGCGACGGGUCCUGCUUCAGAAGGGGGUGCAGCCUGAAAACAGCGGCAGAGAAAAAAAAAUAAGUAAUGGCGUAGCGUUGGGCAGGAAGCCACGGGUGACAAGACGACGAGAAAGAGGCGGGAAGGAGACCGGGGGGGGAAGGAGGUCAGAGAGGGAAAGAGUGAGUGAGGGAGAAGGUGGUCAGUGCGUCUGGGUGAUCGACGACUGGGGGGGUGGGUGGUUGAAGCCAGAAGCGUCAGGCAGGAAAGAGGUCCGAGUUGGGAGGAGGCACGGAGGACGGGAAGGACUUGGGAAAAAAAAGAGGGAAGAGAUCGUGAAUUUGCGAGGAAAUGGUUGGAAGAGCAGUUGAAGGAGGACGAG